UCCGCCGAAACAUAACUUCGAAAGGCAUCAAGGAAAACAACCCCACAGCCUCGACCCGCCCAGCCGCUUGCUUCCCCUCCGUGGCCCGUCCGCUCCCUCUCGCGAGAUGUCCGUAGCUUUGGACAAGAUCGCCAACUUCCGCGACGUCGGAAAGACAGUGAACGACUAUACCGGGCGGAAACUCAUGCGCGAAGGCGCCUUAUACCGGUCCGCCUUCCCAGACGACGCCUCCGCCGCGGACCGCCGGCGGCUCGUCGAGGAAUUCGGCGUCGGGACUAUCGUGGACCUGCGGAGCAGCACGGAGCACCGGAUGCGAGCGCGGAAGCGCCGGGCGGCCGUGGAGGCCGGCGACCCGGAUCCCGGCCGCAUCCCGGGGGUGCGGUACUAUGAGAUCGCGCUGACAGGACGGCGGUUCGAGUGGUUCCUGCUCGGACAGCUGUCGUGGUGGAGUUACCUCAUAUUCUUCUUCCUCUUCCUCCUCGGCUAUCGCACGCACGCUAUCCGGCUAGUAAGCCGCGAGGUUAUGCUGCCGCGGGGCCUCGUCGGCAUGGGUAUCAUCAUGCUAGAUGAGUCCGGCGCCGAGAUCGCCGAGAUCCUCCGCACCCUCGCCUCCUCGUCUCGCCCCGUCCUCCUCCACUGUACCCAGGGCAAAGACCGCACUGGCCUCAUCGUGAUUCUCGUGCUCCUUGCGCUCGGUGCGCCCCCUGACGCCGUCACCUACGACUACAUGCUGUCGCAGGAAGGGCUUUCGCGCCCGGGUUCCACUGCUAUCGACAAUAGGGAAUUCGACCGUGAGGUCGGGAUCGGCCUCACCGCCGAUUGGGGCAAUGCGCCCGCUGACUUUGUGCCCCGCGUGCUGCUAUACCUCGAGACGCGGCACCGCAGCAUCGGCGGCUACCUCGACGGGAUUGGGAUCAGUGUCGCGGAGCGGCAGCAGCUCGUCGAGGCACUGGGUGCAUAAUAUAAGAAUGAGAAAGUCUGGCUCGAGAAUGGUGAUCAUGAGGAAUUUUGUCGAGUCGUGG